UUGACUUCUUUUUUUUAUCCAGGAAAUUAAUCGAAUGAUUGCAGAAGUGGACAAGGAUGGCAGUGGUGCGAUAGACUUUGAUGAAUUUGUGCAUAUGAUGACUGCCAAGAUUGGCGAAAGGGACUCUAAAGAGGAACUCAUGAAAGCAUUUCAUAUUAUUGACCAAGAUAAAAAUGGGAAAAUAUCCAUCGCAGACAUUCAGCGUAUCUCAAGGGAAUUGGGUGAAAAUUUUACUGAGAGAGAUAUUCAGGAGAUGGUUGAGGAAGCAGAUCGUGACCAUGAUGGGGAAGUUAGUGCUGAGGAAUUCAUGAGGAUGAUGAGAAGAACCUCUUAUGGCUACUAAAUUUCGACUUAUUGCUUUGCCAACAUUUUUCAGGCGGUUUGUUUGCUGUUCUUAUUGUAUAAAUAGUUGCCAAACGAAUUGGAUGAAUCAUGAAACUUGGAGUAGAUUUAAUCUUGAGUCUCUGGUUUGAGUAUAUUGAAGUUGGUAUUGAAUACUAUUCAAUGUGAAUAUUGGAUGAAAUUUGAAAUCCCUAAUGCUUGUCUAUGAAGUUGUUUGAACUUUGGAAUGAUGUAAAAUGGUUACUGUUGAAAAGGGAUUCACAUCAUUGAGCUCA